UAGCUGAGUGGGGCAGAGUGCCACGUGACCAGCAGUGCAUCAGAUUUAAAUUGUGGUUAUUUGUCACCGUUUGAAUGCGAGGCAGUUUUUUUUGUUUUCAGUGGCGCUAGAGUGUGAGUGUAAAUGUUGUGUUUACAGUUGAAGGUUCCGCUGCAGGUCUGAUCCGGAUCGAUCUGUUGCCCACAGAGAAGAUGGACUGUCGAGAUAAGAGCGAUGUGUUCUUUCUGAUCGAUGAGAAGUUCGACUUCGAUGUUUCUCUGUCUCCCGCCAGCUCCAACGGUGAUGAAGACGAGGUGUUUGUGGGUCCCGUCGGCCACGCGGAGAGGUGUGUCUCUGCCAAUGUGGCGUCCCUCGCCAGUGGAGGCGGCGUGCGGACGAGCUGGAGCCCGCUGAAUGGCGAGCAGCUGGACGCCAUGUGUCAGGAGGCCCAGAGAGUAGCCGGCCAACUGCAGUGCGCUAGUCUUCUUGUGCCCCCGUCAGUCCCCGACGAGGCGACUGGCGCGUUCUCCCAGGACGCUGAGGCCCAACUGGCUGCGGUCGAUCGACGCGCGAGUGCGCUCAGCCCCGUCAAAAGGCAGACCUUCUGCGUGCAGGACAGUCCCAUGAAGCAGCUGCCGCCUGCCAUCCGGCACCGCCUGCUGACCGAGCGAGGCGCCACUACGGCUACCCCCACCCGCCCGGGCACUACAGCAACACCCGCCCGUCCGGCCACUACAGCCACAUCCGUCCGCCCGGGCGCUAUAACUACGUCGACCCGUCCGGCCACAUCUGCCCGCCCUGCUGCCAGACAGAGCGCCUUGAGUCCCGCGGCCGGGGUCAGGCCUUUGCCCAGAAUGGGGCUGCGUGGGAAAGCCACCCUCGGCGUUGCCGUGGUGCUGCCGAGCAAACCGGCUGCCGCUACGAUUCCCUGUGCGGCCGGCAAGAGGAAAGCGGAGAGGCUGCAACCACCGAGCAAACCAAUGGGUGGUUGGAGGCGGAGCCCCUCUUCUCGCCCCCCCAGCAGAGGGGGGUCAUGUGAGGAUUUGCUCUCUGAUUCGGCAAGCGUGGCGUCUGACAUCAGCGACUCAUCCCUCAACUCCAGCAUUCUGGGAAAGCGCACAAUGGCUCCGCCCACCAAGCGUGCUCUGGGGAACCAGUCAGGGGUGAAAGCUCCGCCCCUUCAGAGGAUGAGGGGGACUGAGAGGAAGAACACGUCCUCUUCCUCGUCCUCAGUGUCCAGCUUCAACUCCAGCCUCUCGCUCUCCCCCGCUACAGGUAAAGCAAACUCUUCUCUGAACCGGAGUCAGAGCAGCUCCAUUGGCCCCGCCCCCAGCAGACCGGCCAGUCACAGCAGGCCGCGCCGCUCCACCGCCGCCGCAGCGGAGCCAGCGCCUUCCACCGCUGGCCGCCGCUCGCUGUCCACGCGGGCCAGGAAGCUGUCUGAGGCGGAGCAUGUCAAAGCCCCUGUGUCCACACCGCUUAAGAGGGCCGAGGCCACGCCCCUCCACAUGACUCCUGCCAAGAGGGCUGUGGAGAGGACCGCCGCCGUCUCCUCCACUGCCUCGACCCGGCUGCACAGUGGGUUAAAGAACAAGUCCAGACCAGAGGCCCCGGUCCUACCGACACCCAGCGGGAGAGUCCGAGGAGUCGCUCCAGAUGUCUCGAGGCCAACCAGGCCGACGUCGGUGAGCGGCGUGGACAGUCGUCUUCCUCAGAAGCCGAUCUCUUCUGUUCCCCUGACGCCCUCGGUAAAGGCGCGGCGCCCCUCCGCCCUCCCCACCCCGGUGAGGCGCAGGAUGUCCGGCAUCCCCGUCGCCACGCCAACUAGACCCCCGCCCACCUUCGACUUUGACCCGGCCUCCGUCCAGAGGGAGAUGAGCUGCAGCCCCGCCCCUGCAGACGCACAAGAGGCGGAGCCUGUUAAUGCACCGGAUGUCCAGCCCUUCUGUCUCGAGGAGGAGGAGGAGCCGCCUGCUGCCCCGCCCACCAGCCCUGACCAAUCAGAGAACUCUGAUCCUCGAGCUCCGAUUCAGGACGACUCGCAGCGCAACAAGAACCCGAUUGAACUGGAAAGCACAGAAAAGAGCAAGAAACAGGAGGUCCUCCUGUUGGAUCUUCCCGCUCCGACUCCGCAGCCUCACGAGAAACUUCUCAUCGACUUAACAAACACGCCCGACCUGAUCCGGACCAGCGGCACGGCCUCCACCCAGCAGCUGAUCGACUUGAGCUCUCCGCUCAUCAAGUGGAGUCCGGAGGAGAAGAGGGAGAACAACGCUCCGCUCAUCAACCUCUCCUUCUGAUCUAGACUCUUCCCCAACGGGACUCAGCAGAAACUCUUAAUAAUCAUGAACCCGGUUAAAUAAAAUGUUUUAAAUGGGGAAAAUAUUUGAAGGUGGAGUGUUUCCUGCAUCUGAUUGUACCGUUUUUAUUUGUCUCCAGCUUGCUGCUCUUAUUGAUGUCUGAAUAAAUGUUAAUGUCACUCC